UUAGAUGAAGAACAUUGCAACACCAUGAUGAACAAUACCCAUUUGUUUAUGUUUUUGUUUUUCACUUUUUAUACACAAAGAAUUACUUUUAUAGUGUGCUUGAAUUUGUAUGAAAACGAGACCCUUUAUUUAUCUUUAAUUAAUUUAUUAAAAAAAAAAAAGGCAUCUAUGUUCGCUAAAUUAAGAACAUAAAUCUUAUUUACACACGCAUAUAAAUAAAAAAGGCAUUACCCGGUUCUAGUCCUCUACAUUAGGCUUCUCUGGGAUGCUGGACUCGAGAUAUACUUUGAUAUGUCACAAAGUGGCUGCUUUGAGGUUCGAAAUCGCACCAAUGACACACACAUAAAUAAAAGGACAUUACCCAGUUUUAAACCCCUACACUAGGUUUCUGGGAGGCUGGACUCAAGAUAGAAAGACCUAAUUAACCUUUGAGGCUGUGAUAUAUCACAAAGUAGCUGCUUUGAGGUUUGAAAUCGCACCAAUGACACUGGUGUUCAAGUGUUAAACCACUGAACAGGCAAUGCAAUCAUCUCUGUGUGUGUAUGUAUUGGCAUGAAUAAGUGGGAAUUCCUUCUCAAUUACGGAAUGGCUUGUCAAAAUUGGGUGUUCCUGAUGGGGUUCUUGAAUUUUUAUUCAAAUGGAUGGAUGGCGAAGAGAAUCCAAAGAUUUCUGUGGCAAAAGGGGCAAUUAGUGCCAUUCGGAGUGAGGCAUUUUUCAUCCCCCUGUAUGAGCUUUACCUUACUUACGGUGGAAUUUUCAGAUUAAACUUUGGUCCAAAGUCCUUUUUGAUAGUUUCUGAUCCUUCCAUUGCUAAACAUAUAUUGAAAGACAACUCAAAGGCGUAUUCAAAGGGUAUCUUGGCAGAGAUUUUAGAAUUUGUAAUGGGAAAGGGACUUAUUCCAGCUGAUGGGGAGAUAUGGCGUGUUAGAAGACGUGCUAUAGUGCCGGCAUUGCAUCAGAAGUUUGUGGCAGCAAUGAUUAGCUUAUUUGGUCAAGCUACAGAUAGGCUUUGCAAGAAGCUUGAUGCCGCUGCAUCUGAUGGGGAAGAUGUGGAGAUGGAGUCACUUUUUUCCCGCUUGACAUUAGAUAUCAUUGGGAAAGCGCUAUUUAAUUAUGAUUUUGAUUCUUUAAAAAAUGAUACUGGGAUAGUUGAGGCUGUAUACACUGUAUUGAGAGAAGCAGAAGACCGAAGUGUGCAACCAAUUCCAUUCUGGGAUAUUCCCAUCUGGAAGGAUAUUUCACCAAAGCAGAGAAAGGUCACUGCUGCCCUCAAGCUGAUAAAUGAAACACUUGACAAUCUGAUUGCAAUAUGUAAGAGGAUGGUGGAUGAAGAAGAAUUACAGUUUCACGAGGAAUACAUGAAUGAACAAGAUCCUAGUAUUCUCCACUUUCUACUGGCAUCGGGAGAUGAUGUUUCUAGCAAGCAACUCCGUGAUGAUUUGAUGACAAUGCUUAUAGCUGGACAUGAAACGUCUGCUGCAGUACUUACGUGGACCUUUUAUCUUCUUUCUAAGGAACCUAGUGUCUUGUCUAAACUUCAAAAUGAGGUUGAUUCUAUUCUUGGAGACCGUUUUCCAACUAUUGAAGACAUGAAGAAACUUAAAUACACAACCCGAGUAAUCAAUGAAUCGUUGAGGCUCUACCCGCAACCACCUGUCUUGAUUCGUCGUUCUCUUGAAGAUGAUGUACUUGGAAAGUACCCAAUAAAAAGGGGUGAAGAUAUCUUUAUAUCCAUUUGGAAUUUGCAUCGCAGUCCAAGUCUUUGGGACAACUCAGAUAAGUUCAUUCCUGACAGAUGGCCUUUAGAUGGACCAAAUCCAAAUGAGACAAACCAAAAUUUCAGUUACUUGCCCUUUGGUGGAGGACCGCGAAAAUGCAUUGGGGACAUGUUCGCUUCAUUUGAGACUGUAGUAGCAGUUGCGAUGCUUGUUAGACGGUUCGAUUUUCAGGUGGCACUUGGAGCACCUCCAGUUGAGAUGACUACAGGAGCAACAAUUCAUACAACAAAAGGAUUGACGAUGACAUUUACACGACGGAUGAAACCUCCCAUAAUUCCCACAACGGCGGCACCAACAUUUAAAGUGGAUUCAUCUGUGAGCAUUUCUGAAGUGGACCCAGUACUAGGUUAGAAAGGUGAAGCCUUUCCAGGACCUUCCUAAUUACCAAGGCCUAUCACAUUCGAGCCACACAGUCCGAAAAAGAUCGUAGAGAAGAAAUAGUGAUUGAGCUCUUCAGAAUUCCCAUAAUUUAGUACACAUUAUUGGCUGUUUAAAGCAGCCAAUUUUGUAAUUAUGCAGGAACUGUCUCAAGUGUAAAGAGAGAUGAUAUAUUCUACCGGAGAACGGAAAUUCCAAUUUUUUGCUCAAAAUUGAUGAUGUUUUACCUGCUCUGUAAUUCUUAAUCAUUUUGCUUGAUUUCA